GGAGGAAACAUGGGCGGAGCCUGUGGAGAACUUUGUUCUAGUUCUGAAAAACAAGCAGGGUAUAAAUAGGACGGGUUCGAGUUGUGCCUUUAUUGAUCUCAGACGUCUGGAGAGAAAAUCUGCUCUGACUGAAGACUUGGUUGGAAAAAAACAACACACGGAGUGUGUGUUGGUGAGGAGGAGCAAUGUGGAGGUCUCUAGGCCUCGCCCUGCUGGCCGGCCUGUUGGUGGUCUGCAGGGCUGAGAGUGAAACGGAUGGAACGAGGUGUAAACCUGCAUCCUUGUGGAAGGUUGGAGAUAGUGAGCCGCUGAAGGACAGCCUGGGCCAAGUGACCGUAGUGGCCUUUCUCCAAGCCAGCUGAUUGUUCUGUCUGUCGCAGGCAUCCAGACUGGUGGAGCUGCGCCAGAAGCUGGAGAAUGCUGGCUUCGUAAACAUCACAUAUAUGGUGGUGAACAGCCGGGAUGAAAACUCUCUCCGUCUUCACCACUUGCUGGAAAAGAGACUCUCAGGACACAUAAUUCUGCACAGGCAGAACUCUGAAGAUCCUGAUGUGUGGAGCAUCGCCCAGGUGGAGAAGGAUGACUUCCAGAUCUAUGACAGAUGUGGACGUCUCACACAUCACCUGUCUCUGCCGUACACUAUCCUGAGCCAGACCCAUGUGGAGGAGGCCAUCAGAAACACCUACUGCAAUGCUGUGUGUGGAGACUGUGAACUGAAGGUAAACCGUCAAUACACUCAGGGAGCUCUGAUCAGCUGGAGGCAUGUAACAGGAAUGGUGAGGACCAAACGGAGAAGGAAACACCAAGAACAGAAGGAGAAGAACACCAUCAUCACCAUGGACACCACAGAGGACUUCAUCAUGGAGAAAAUCAACAUGGUCACCCUCCCCAUGAAGUUGAAGGGAGGCAUAGUCACGAUGGUUCAAGUCACCAACAUGGCCACCAGGGCCAAGUCAUUUUAGGGCAGGAUCAAAGAGGCUCUGUAGA